CUUGGAAAGCCGUGUAUGCGUUCCCACAAUGAGACUCCUCAGUCCUCGCUGUGUUUUGGCUUAGUGCCAAUCAAAGUUGGUGUCCGAAUAAAUUAGUCAGCUUUGACAAUACCAAUCAAUCUCCAGCUUUCGUCCGGCCCCCAUAAAUUUAGACCACUUCUAUGUGCAUUUUCAAGCAGACUCCUCUUCCAGCAGGCUUAAAAUCCGGAAGACAAAACAAAGAUCUCGUUUCUCCGAUAAUUUUGCUCCUUGUGUGAUGGCUUUGUCCAAACCCAAUGAGGUUACCCUAGCUUUAGUUGGACGUACUGGCAAUGGCAAAAGUGCAACAGGAAAUAGCAUUCUUCAGAGGAAUGCCUUCAAAUCAAAAGUUGCUUCUGGUUCAAUUACAAAAAAAGCUGAACUUCAGCAGGGUGUUCUGGGAGAUGGUCGAGGUGUUAAUGUCCUUGACACUCCUGGAUUAUUUGAUUUUGCAGUUGGAUCGGAUAAUGUAAGCAAAAAGAUUGCUAACUGUAUCAAUUUAGCAAAAGAUGGGAUCCAUGCAAUUUUAUUGGUGCUAUCAGUUAGGAGCCGUUUUACUGAAGAAGAAGCAGAAGCAAUUCAGGUCCUGAGGGGUCUUUUUGGACCUAAAAUUACUGAUUAUUUGAUCAUUGUUUUUACUGGUGCUGAUGUUCUUGAAGAUGACGAAGCUACUUUACAAGAUUAUUUGGAUGCAAAUUGCCCUCAACCUUUACAGGAAGUUCUCCAAUUAUGUAAGCAUCGGACUGCUUUGUUUAAUAACAAAACUAAGAAUGCAAAGAAGCGGGCUUCACAGAUUAAUGAACUUAUUAUCCUUGUAGACAAGAUCUUUACAGAGAAUGGUGGGAAGCCAUAUACAAAUGAACUUUUUCUAAGUUUACAGGAAGAAACUAAGAGACAACGCAAGAUGAAGGAAGAAGCUGAGCUACAAGCAUUAGCCAAGAAGGAGACAGCAAGAUUACAAGAGCAAAUGCAAAAAGCAUAUGAUGCCCAACUCGCACGAGUAACAGAAACGAUUGAGUCGAAGCUAAGCGGCACAAUUUCAAGCCUUGAAAGAGAAUUGGCAGAAACGCGACAAGCACAUCAGAAUGCAGUAAGCCACUCUCACAUGGCCCACCAGCAGGCAAUGAAUGAAAUCCAUGCAUUGCAGCACAAUCUGUCGGCUGCCCACCAGGAGAUUGAGAGGCUUCGUCGGCCUCCUCCUAGACCUCAUCGUUUAUGUGCAAUUAUGUGAUGUACAACUACUUGUUAUAUCAUACGUAUUACCCUGGAGAACCUAAAACUACUUGUGUUUUUUUAGUUAGGUUAUGUGAGUGGUGGGGAUAAAAAGAGGAUAAAGGGUGCUUUAUUCUAUAUAAAAUAGAUACUCAUGUCUAA